UUCGAGGAGCUAUUGUAUCUUGGGCAUUCCGUGUGUGUGACAUCUCAUAGUCUCCUAGUUAUUUGAUCCUCUACACCCCAUAGUAGACGUAGUUCCGAUUCAUUAUGAAUUAUAAAUUGAAAGUCACGAUUCCCAUUGUGGUUUGUGGCGGUGCUGUCCUUGCGUAUUACCUCAUAAGACGGAAAGCAGCAGCUAUGGUUGACGCCGCAACUAUUGAGAAAUUGGAGGCUGGUUUCAGCAAACUCCAGGCUUCCGACUCCAAGUCGUUGCUGAAGAAGUACUUGACCAAGGAAGUUUUCGAUGCUCUAAAGAACAAGAAGACCUCCUUCGGCUCAACACUCUUGGAUUGCAUCCAGUCAGGUGUUGAGAACUUAGACUCUGGUGUUGGAAUCUAUGCCCCAGAUGCUGAGGCAUACACCGUCUUCGCUGACCUCUUCGACCCCAUCAUUGAGGAUUACCACAAUGGUUUCAAGAAGACUGACAAGCACCCCCCCAAGAACUGGGGUGAUGUAGAGUCCCUAGGAAACUUGGACCCCAACAGCGAAUUCAUUGUGUCCACCCGUGUGCGAUGCGGCCGUUCCAUGGAGGGCUACCCCUUCAACCCCUGCUUGACCGAGGCCCAGUACAAGGAAAUGGAAGACAAAGUCUCCUCAACCCUGUCCGGCCUUGAAGGCGAACUUAAGGGUACCUUCUACCCACUCACAGGAAUGUCCAAGGAGACCCAGCAGAAGCUGAUCGACGACCACUUCCUGUUCAAGGAGGGCGACAGGUUCCUCCAGGCCGCCAACGCCUGCCGUUUCUGGCCCACCGGCCGUGGUAUCUACCACAACGAGAACAAGACCUUCCUGGUCUGGUGCAAUGAGGAGGACCACCUCCGCAUCAUCUCUAUGCAGAUGGGUGGCGACCUGAAGCAGGUGUACAAGAGGCUCGUGACCGCCGUCAACGACAUCGAGAAGAGGAUCCCGUUCUCGCACAACGACCGCCUCGGCUUCCUCACCUUCUGCCCCACGAACUUGGGCACCACCGUGCGCGCCUCCGUGCACAUCAAGCUGCCCAAGCUGGCGGCCGACAAGGCCAAGCUGGAGGAGGUCGCCUCCAAGUACCACUUGCAGGUGCGCGGAACCCGCGGCGAGCACACCGAGGCCGAGGGCGGCGUCUACGACAUCUCCAACAAGAGGCGCAUGGGCCUGACCGAGUACGACGCGGUCAAGGAGAUGUACGACGGCAUCGCUGAACUGAUCAAAAUCGAGAAGUCCCUGUAAGCUUCGAUCUCGCUAUCAGUAUUUUUUGUAUUUAUCGUUUUUCAUAAGUAUUGAAUGUUGUGGGUUGCCGGGCGAACUAGUCAGCGGCGCCGUAAGGGCGACCGGGCACGCGGGCGGCCCAUUAUACUGUUUUUCGUAUUAAAGUAUUUUCUAUAAGGAAAUGGAAAAUAAAGACAGCUAGCGUUAAGUCAA